UCUAAGUCCAAAGUAUUGGUUUUUUUAAAAAUAAAAAAACUGCUGCCUUCCUUCAUGGCGAGACUCGAGUCGGUGGUCUUGACCUUCUGUUUGCUUACGGCGUAUAUGGUUGUGAAAGAAGAUAUUCUUCGUUGGAUUUACAGAUCGAAACUUGUUGAUGUGCCGGAAGACUACGAUAAACUGCGCAAAGCGAAAUUCUUGCCCUUGGAAAUACAGUCGCUACGGUACAAAGCCGACUUCCUUCGUGCGAAGCUCGAUAGUUUGGAAACACUGACGGCAGAACUCAAGAUGUGGAAGAAAAGUUACUUUGGGAUUGAGGAUGACAGAAUUAGCAAUGAGCACAAAAUUUAUGAGUACCAAGCCGAGAAUUACAAUCUUGAGAAAGCAAAUAAGGAACUUUUUCAGCAAAUAGAGGUAUUUGUUGGAGCUAUGAAAUCUGUAAAAGCCUUAACAAGAAAUGCUGAUGAAGAAAAGAGGAUUGCCAAAAUUGAAGGAGAGAAGACUGAGCAAUCUAGGCUUCUACCUUAUAGUAAAGAUUGAAACUGAAGCAAAAUCAAAGCCUGCCUGCAAAGACAAAGUUUGAAUGAACAAAGAGAGAACUUGGAUUUGUUGGGUAUUUUGGUCUUUAGAAAGAGGACACCGUGCUCAAGUUGGACCUACAUGUUAUUCGAACAUAUUUAUUUAUGAAUUUUUAUAAUUUUCAGAAAUUUCUAAUUUAUUUUAUUAUUUCCUUGAUUUGGAGGGUCUCUA